AUUGGAGCAAAGUUUAAGCACAUAGCUUUCACGCAUUAAAUAUAACAUGAAGGAUCAUUGUGUUCUGAAUGUAAGUUAAAUGGCAAGAGGUGAGUGAAUAAAUGUGGAUACAUGUAUGACAGACUGCAGUACACAGAGCCGUGCGCGCCUAUUACUUAAAGCAGAAAGUCCUUCAGGCUCCUCCUCUUACUGGCUUAAAGGAAAACCAAAGCAAAGGAAAGACCAGCGUUGAGUUUACAGGAGCAGACUGGUUACAGGAUAACACUAGACGACGAACUAGUUCUCCAGCGAUGUUUGCGGAAAAACUUGGAAAACAGUUGGGCCACCCUACACGAUCAGUGGCAGGAUGGCUGGUCAGUAAGUUGCUCACGGUACGCAACCGUGCUCUUGAGGAGAGUGUUGUGCAGAUAUCAGGGAUCCAACCUGAAGACACAGUGCUGGAGCUGGGUCACGGCCCGGGUCUAGGUCUGCAGUCAGCAGCCAAACUGCUCACAGCGCCCACAGGACAUCUUAUAGGGCUGGAUUACUCAGCGUACAUGCAUCAGAUGGCAAGUGAGCUGAUGAAGGAGCUUGUGGCCAGUGGGAAAGUGACCCUACACCAUUGUGAUGUAGCGGCAAUGCCUCUGGUAGACAGCACUGUAGAUAGAGUAUUCCAUUGCAACUGCUACUACUUCUGGCCUGACCUCAAAAAGGGAGCCACAGAGAUUCACCGGGUAAUGAAACCAGGAGGCCUGAUGGUGACUGGGCUGAAACUGUCAAGUGUUGCUGCUUUUGCAGCAAAGCGAGUAAUGCCAGGGGAGAACUGGCGCCCGGAUGCCUACAUGACAGCUCUGAGAGACUCUGGCUUCACUGAUGUCAGAAUGGAAGACAAACAGCACAAACACAUUACUUUUCAGGCUAUCUAUGCCACUGCCUCAAAAUGAGAUGAGAUCAUACUACAAAUAUAAGCAUCAUCAAUGCCAAAAAUAAAAAAUAAUCAAUUGUAUCUAUAACUGAAUGAGUUGGAUGUCAAAGUGAUUAAAAUUAAAUAAAAAUGAGCGGACACUAUCAACAUAAUUCACCAUUAUCUGUGGCUAAAAACAGGCUUUUAUCUUGCAUUGCUUUUUCUGUGAUGGUUUACCUUCACACUCACAACUGUUAAUGUUAGUGUGUUACUAUGGUAACAUACAGUGUUUAGAGUAAAAGUGUAGGAAAAGA